AUGUGCUGGACAUUCGUCCACCUGCUGACCCUGACGACACUCAGCUGUCUGUCUGAGGCGAAGGUUCCCGUGGGCUGCCCGGACUACCAGAGGGCCUUUGGGGGCUCCUGCUACGAGUUUGUGGAUCUCCAGCACAGUUUCGUCAGUGCGCAGGCUUGGUGCGAGCAGCGCGGCGGACACCUCGCAUUCAUCCCCGAUGAAGAAACUCAAUAUUUCCUUCAGGGACUCUCAGACCCCGAGAAGGACGUGUGGCUCGGACUGGCACCUCAUACCGAUCCAAACUUGCAAUAUUCUGCAACCCUUAAAGGUGCUCUCUCUUGGCUGGAUGGUUCACCUGUCACCUAUUCAAACUGGGUGAGCCGCCCACCGCCAGGAGCAGCUUGUGGACACGCGCAGAGACAGUCGGGCUUCCAAUGGGAAGCCACGCGAGACUGCAACCAAAAACUGCACUUUAUCUGUCAGUUUGACGCUGGGAGAUCCAUCGUGUGCGCGGGUCGAAACCCGUCUCUGCAGUGUGGUUCUGGUCAAGUCUUGAUGAUCGAUGGCGGCUUCUACGGUCGUGAGAACAUCCAUUACUGCCGAUCCGCGCUCUCCCCACCGGCAACGUCCGCAGGACACCGGUGUGGCUGGGUGGAUGUGGUAGAAUCAUUAACAGCUCACUGCCACGGCCGGCAGGUCUGCCAGAUUGCUGAAGUAGUGGAUUCCCUUGUUGAACCCUGUCCUCAGCGGGGGAGCUACCUGUCUGUGGACCACCACUGCAAAGAUGGACUCACGCUGUCAGUGAGCACCGUGGCGGCUGUUCUUGACAACGUCGCCAUCAGCGUGGAGUGGCUCUUACGUGCGCCUCAGGGAAAGCCCAGCUGCAAGCUGAGCACAGGAGACGGACGAGUUAUUCACCUGCAUAGUCCAGAGGGGUUGGAGAGCAGCGAGGUGCACAAGUACACUCGUCCAGGCACAUUCGUUGUGGCGGUUGAAUGCACCAGCAGCGGCGUUCACGUAACGGCUCGGAGCGCAGUUGACAUUCAAGAACCCGUCACAGUGUUCGGUGCCGUCAGGUGCUUCGCCGGGCGACGCUCUUUUCACGCAAACGGCUGUAAAACCCUUCGCAGGGAGACGUUUCUCCUUCAGAUGGUGGUAAAGGCAGGUUCACAUGUGACCUACAGAAUCCAGAGUGGUGACACAUUGUUGCUGCGGUCAUCCGUAUUUAGAGGAAACGUCCCACAGAACGUCACAGUGACUCCAGAAAUGACGGAGCAUUUUGGGCCCGGCUGCCACCGGCUGACCCUCUAUGCAUCGAACAUGGUUACGUACCAUGAGGUGUGCACACACCUGCAGAUGUGCGUGUUGGAGAAAAUAGGCGGGCUCCAGGCCUCUGUGUUGACAGACGGGGGUGAUUAUCUACGCUCUCCAGGUCUCACUGUUGGUGUUUCCCUGGAACGAGGAGCGCCGGUGCUGCUCCUCUUCUCUCUGACCGGAGACAACAGCUCACACCACGAGACCAGAGAAAUGAACACAAGCAAGGACGUCUUUCGUAUCGCGAAUCCAAUUCAAGUGGGCGUCGUACCACUUUACAAAAAAUUCACCAUAGAUGCAUCAAAACCUAAAAAAGAAAAAGAAAAUAGUGACACCAGCAACUCAAAAUCACCUGGAACCAGUGACACCACUACCACCCCCACCUCAAAAUCAUCUGGAACCAGUGACACCACCGGCAACUCAAAAUCACCUGGAACCAGUGACACCACCCGCAACUCAAAAUCACCUGGAACCAGUGACACCACCCGCAACUCAAAAUCACCUGGAACCAGCGACACCACCCCCACCUCAAAAUCACCUGGAACCAGCGACACCACCCCCACCUCAAAAUCACCUGGAACCAGUGACACCACCCGCAACUCAAAAUCACCUGGAACCAGUGACACCACCCGCAACUCAAAAUCACCUGGAACCAGUGACACCACCCGCAACUCAAAAUCACCUGGAACCAGCGACACCACCCCCACCUCAAAAUCACCUGGAACCAGUGACACCACCCGCAACUCAAAAUCACCUGGAACCAGUGACACCACCCGCAACUCAAAAUCACCUGGAACCAGCGACACCACCCCCACCUCAAAAUCACCUGGAACCAGCGACACCACCCCCACCUCAAAAUCACCUGGAACCAGUGACACCACCCGCAACUCAAAAUCACCUGGAACCAGUGACACCACCCGCAACUCAAAAUCACCUGGAACCAGCGACACCACCCCCACCUCAAAAUCACCUGGAACCAGCGACACCACCCCCACCUCAAAAUCACCUGGAACCAGUGACACCACCCGCAACUCAAAAUCACCUGGAACCAGUGACACCACCCGCAACUCAAAAUCACCUGGAACCAGCGACACCACCCCCACCUCAAAAUCACCUGGAACCAGUGACACCACUACCACCCCCACCUCAAAAUCACCUGGAACCAGCGACACCACUACCACCCCCACCUCAAAAUCACCUGGAACCAGUGACACCACCCCCACCUCAAAAUCACCUGGAACCAGCGACACCACUACCACCCCCACCUCAAAAUCACCUGGAACCAGCGACACCACUACCACCCCCACCUCAAAAUCACCUGGAACCAGCGACACCACCCCCACCUCAAAAUCACCUGGAUCCAGUGACACCACCCCCACCUCAAAAUCACCUGGAACCAGUGACACCACUCCCACUGCUAAAACCAGUGCUGCGUCUCCACCAUCAACCCGCAACAACGUCGGUGGCCUCGAGUGCAGCAUAUCGCCGCGGAGUGGAACCACCAUUGACAUUUUCACUCUGACUUGCAAAACUGAACCCCCUUGCACUAACUGUCAGUAUUGUUUUAAGACCGAUGAAGGUGGCCGUCUGCGUUGCAGUAACAACGACGAAGUGAAGUCUGUCUUCCUUCCUCUCGGAGACGGCAGUUCCAACUACGACCUGAUUAUCACGGCAACGGCACAGAAUGGCAGCUUUGUGUCUAGCGCCACCAUAACUGCAACGGUGCUGGAUUUCACGGCGACCUCAGAUUCUUCAGUCAAGGACGUUAAGGCUUCUGUGGAGAACACCGUGGCUCAGCUAAAGAAACAAAGUCUACUGUCGGCAGAAACCGUGGGACAGCUCGUCAGCUCUGUGUCCGAUAAACUGAACGCUCAAUCCGAGGAAUCGAGCCGAGCUGCUAGGCAAAAGCUUCGGGAGAGGUUGCUGGACAUCAUGAUCGACGCAGUAAAAGAAGCUCCGUCCAGCACUCCAGAAGAAGUUCGCGUGAUAGCAAGAGGACUCGCUGCUGUCGUCCAGAAGGGCACUGAGCUCAGCUCCUCUGCUCAGGAAGAGGCUUCUUUACUGUUCGUCGACCUGAGCUCGCAUCUCCUGCUCAUGGAUGUGAACAAAAGCGAAGACAACAUGAAUGUAGUUCACGCCGCAGCCAGCAGCAUUGUGGAGGGAGCAAGCGCCAUCCUGGACUAUUCUUCCAAUAAACUCGUCUCCGAUGCCCUUCUCCUUUCUCUGAGCAACACGCAGAGUGCACUGUUGGCGUAUAACAAUGCCGACAAAGCGCCAAUCAUCAUCCAACAAGCUCACGUGUCUGUGUUUGUAAAUAGCUUCACAUUUUCUCUCCCAACUCUACCCUCCGAUAUACUACCUUCAGAAGAACCAGUGGAUAUACGAAUGCUGAGUUUAGGCAAAAACCCAUUUUCCUGGAAUGAGAGAGGGAACAUCAGUGGCCCAAUAGGUGCUCUCUCCCUCUCGAGAACAGAUGGCUCCAGUAUCCCUGUGGAGAACCUGAGCGAGGACAUUAAGAUUCUUAUGCCAAGGCCUGUUGGAGAGCAGGUGAACACCUCUUUUUUGGAUCUGGGGAACUACAGCACGACGGCCAUAAACGUUCCUUCAGGCAACACUACACUGGUGUUAAAGAUGGCGCCUUCAAAAGAGCCUUUGCCCUUCAAGCUGUUCCUCGGUCACAUGGACUACCCCACUGAAACAAAUCAUGUUGCUAUGACAGAGAUGCCUCACCAGGGCGCAACACAAGAGGAGCGAUACACUUGGCUACUCGACCCUGAGGAUUUAAAGGGAAACAAUGGAGUGCACUAUCUUGUCGUGAGGCCCAUUGUAGGUCCGGGUAUAAAAUCCAUCAACGCCACACUAUCAAUAACCUCCUUCGCCGCCGCGUGUAAAUUCUGGGAUGAAUCGGCAUUGGAGUGGAGCACUUUUGGCUGCAGGGUCGGUGUUCAUACCACACACUCAGUCACCCAGUGCCUCUGCAACCACCUCACCUUCUUCGGGGGCUCUUUCUUCGUCACUCCAAACCUCGUCGACGCGUCACGCACCGCCGAGCUCUUUGGGACUUUCACCGAAAACCCCGUGGUGGUCUGCUUUGUGGGGUCCCUCUUUGUGGCCUAUCUCUUGGUGGUCGUGUGGGCACGACGGAAAGACAUCCACGACACCGCCAAGGUGAAGGUAACUGUGCUGGAGGACAACGACCCCUUAGACGAGCACCGCUACCUGUUGAGUGUCAGCACUGGGCAUCGGAGAGGAGCCUCCACCUCCUCCCAGGUGACGAUCACUCUGCUGGGUGCCGAGGGAACCAGUGAACCGCAUCAUCUGGAGGACCCGAAGAAAUGUGUGUUUGAGAGGGGCGCGGUGGAUGUGUUCCUGCUAACGGCACCCUUCUCCCUGGGAGACCUGCAGGGCAUCAGACUGUGGCACAACAACUCAGGAGGCCACCCUGCCUGGUAUGUUGGCAACGUCGUGGUUCACGAUGUACAGACGGGGCAGAAAUGGCAUUUUCUAUGCAACUCCUGGCUGGCCAUAGACAUCGGCGACGGUUCCCUCGAUAAGGUCGUUCCUGUUUCCACGGAGAUGGAUUUGAAGAGGUUCAGUAACUUGUUCUUCAUGAAGACCGCAAAGGAUUUCAGCGACGGACACCUCUGGUACUCUGUGAUCAGUCGACCCCCGAGCAGCUCCUUCACGUGUGUUCAGAGGGUUUCCUGCUGCUUCGCACUGCUGCUCUGCACCAUGCUGACCAGCAUCAUGUUUUAUGGCAUCCCGACGGAUCCCUCGGAGCAGACCAUGGACCUGGGUCACUUUGAGUUUACCUGGCAACAGUUCAUGGUCGGAGUUCAGAGUUCCCUCAUCAUGUUUCCCAUAAACAUCCUCAUCGUUAGCAUCUUUCGAAACGCUCGUCCUCGAGAGACAUCUUGUUGCAAGCGAAAAGCCAAAAAGACGGAUGAGAAUUCUUCCUCACAGGCGACCAGCGCCAGAAACGUUAAUGUCACUGUAGAUACCGUCGUUAAGACCAUGAAAAGCAACGCACCGUGCACAGAGUGUGAGUUUGGGCCUGGACAACAAGUUGAUAUCAAUGCUGUUCUGUCCACGGUGGAGGACUUCAUCAAACUCAAUAACAAAACCAUCGACGCAGCCCAGCCCAGAACGCCACCAGAGGGCAGUCCUGGGUCAACGGUGGAGGGGAUUCAAAAGAAGAGCAACAAAAGCCAGCAUCUGUACCAGCAGCUGUGCCACAUUGACAAAGAGCUGAGCCUGCUGGGACCCUCGGGCUUCCCCAGCCCACACAGCUACAGCCGGGCCCUGCAGCAGAUCCAGGGCAUUAAGGGCUUUCUUGAAGACCAGCUCUUCACAGUCAGCUGCGUCAAACCGGACGAACUCACCCAGAAGAAGGGCUGCUGCCACGGAGGGCUACCCUGGUGGUUUGUGUUCGUGGGCUGGCUGCUCGUCAUCGGAUGCAGCUUUGUAGCGGGAUAUUACACGAUGCUUUACGGGUUAAAAUUUGGGAAGCAACGCUCUGUGAGCUGGUUGGUGUCCAUGAUUAUCUCCUUUUUCCAGAGUGUCCUCGUCCUUCAGCCGUUGAAGAUGCUGUGUCUCGCGGUCUUCUUUGCACUUGUGAUAAAGAAAGUCGAGGAGGACGAUUUCCAAAAUAUGGAGUUUGAAAGAAAUCUAGGUGAUCGUAAGGAGCAACACGCGGUCACACGGGAUCAGAGUCUCUACGAACCGCCUCCUGCCGCAGACGUCGAGGAGAUGAGAAGGAAACAGAUUGUGGAACAGAAAGCCUUCGCCCUCCUCAAAGAAAUAUUGACCUACAUGGGGUUCAUGUGGAUGCUGCUGCUGGUGGCGUACGGCCAAAGAGAUCCCAAUGCCUUUCUCCUGAACCGUCACAUCCGGGAUAGCUUCGUUAACAAGACCUCAGGCAGCAUGAGCCUUAGAGACGUGUUCACCUGGGCCAACACGUCGCUGUUAAGUAACCUUUUUGGAGACCGUGCAGGGUACAUCACGGAUGGAAACUCCAAGCUGGUGGGUAACGCUCGUCUUCGUCAACUGAGAGUGCUGAGGGACUCCUGUCAGAUCGCAGGCCCCAUGCUCCAGUUUGCACCGGACUGUAAUGCUCCAUAUUCGUGGGAGGUGGAGGACAUGGGCUCCUACGACACUGGCUGGAACCGCUCUGAGAGGGAUAACACCUCUACCAGCCCGUGGACGUACCAGACGCAGUCUCAGCUCAGGGCUUAUCCCAUCUGGGGCAAAAUGGUGCUCUACAGGGGAGGUGGCUAUGUAGCAGAGCUCGGCCCGGAUCUACAAAAUGCCAGCAGCACCCUUGAGUACCUGUUCAGGAAUACGUGGCUGGACGUGUACACAAGGGCGGUCUUUGCAGAGUUAACCGUUUAUAACGCUAACGUGAACCUCUUCUGCAUCGUCACACUCUUGCUGGAGACCACAGCUGUAGGAGCCUUUCAGUUCCACAGCGAGCUGCGGAGCGUCCGUCUUUACCAAUCCACCGGUGGUCUUCACAUCUUCGUUAUGGCAGCUGAGAUCAUGUACCUGCUUUUCAUCCUCUAUUACAUGUUCCUGCAGGGCAAAUUAAUGCAGCAGCAGCGCUGGUCUUACUUCAGGAGCAAGUGGAACCUUCUCAUGCUGACGAUCAUCUUACUGAGCUGGAGUGCCGUGGCUGUCUUCGUCAAGAGGACCCUGCUCGGGAACCGCGACAUGACCUACUACCAGAACCACAAGGACCAAUUUGCCAGUUUUUACGAGACGGCCACAGCGGACUCGGUGCUCCAGUACCUGAUCGCCUUCUUGGUCCUGCUGGCCACCUUCCAAAUGUGGCACCUGCUCAGACUGAACCCCAAGAUGAACAUGAUCACCGCCGCGCUGCUGCGGGCCUGGAACGACAUCUCCACUUUUCUUGUGGUCAUUGUGAUCCUGCUCGUGGCGUAUUCCGUUGCGUCCAACGUGAUCUAUGGCUGGAAGAUGUCCUCAUACAGAACUUUGAUGGAUGCUCUCCUGACCGUCAUCAGUAUGCAGAUAGGCAUCUUUAACUAUGACGAGGUCUUGGACAACAACCCCGUACUUGGCGGAUUACUCUUUGGUUCCUGCGUCGUGUUGAUGACGUUCGUGGUGCUCAAUCUUUUCCUCUCGGUGAUCCUGGUGGCGUUCCACGAGGAGCAGAUACAUCACAAGCCUUCAGACGAAGAGGAGAUUGUCGACCUGAUGCUGAAGAAUAUCUGCAGUUUCUUUGGGAUCAGAUAUAAAGACACAAAAGACACCCGGGGGCCCGAUGUGAACGAGGACGCCGGCUUGGCCCUGAAUAGAAGCCGAAAUCCGCCUAACGAUACCUAG